GAUGUAUUUGAAAACAUGGCAACGGUCAUGUCAGUGAUGAUCAAUGAAGCUGAUUAUAUCCUGGCAGAUUGUGUAAAGAUCCUGCUAUCAAGUAUCAAACUUGAUAAUAAGUACGCUUCACCCAGGGCUUGGGAGCUAGGGAAAACUGUGGUAGAAAAGUGUGCCACCAAACUCCAGCCUCAUGUCAGAGAGGCUGUGAAAAUGCUUAACUUGGAGGUUAAAGCUUAUGCAGGCAUAGUUUCUUCCCUCUGCCAAGAUAUGUCUGAUGGUGAAAAAUCGGAAUUUCGCUCAAAGAGAAAAAAGAGAAAAUCUGUGCCAUCCAACACAAGAGAGAGGAAUUCAGGUAGUGCUGGCCGCAGUGCAGCCAUUAGUGGCGGUGAGCCUGAGCGGGAAGAUGAACAAUUGCUGCACCUGAGUCGUGGGAGGGAUGAUGCUGUGAAUAAGGUAACCAAUAUAUAUAUAUAUAUAUUUAACACAUCUUGUGCUUUCUUAAAUGUAUCCUUCUAUAUUAUAUUCACCUGUUUGCAACAAUAA